AUGGAUGAUUGUCGCCCAACCAAGCGCCGGCGAGAGAGUGUUUCCGAUGCCGGCCAUGAGAAACCCGAGGCCACUGCGUCCAAUUCCAAGGGUUGCUCGAAGAAGCUCGCCAGCCAGAUUGACGAAUACCAUCGCGCGGACGACAACGUCCUGCGCAAGGUCACGUUGCUUCAACGUAACAUCACCACGACCACCGGCAAGAUACGCUCAUCCUUC